AUGCAGAACAAUCAUUCUCCUGAAUGCCUUGAUUUUUCCGAUGAGAUUUGGCAACCACGUAACCAAACUACCCUAGAAUGUUCUGAACUUCCUGUAACUACUCGAUAUACAGAAGUCGUAAAUAGGACUUCAAGUUUACCCUUUCCUUCAAAUGGUUUGUUGGGUGGUGAAGAUUCUUCCCUGCCUGUUGUCGAAGAUAAUAUAUAUAUAAGUCAAGAUAGGAAUACUGCUAAUUUACAGAAGGCAAAAAAUGUACGACAGAGUUUACGAUCAUUCCUACGCAAAGCCACUAGUUUGAAGGAUUCUCGUUCGAAUUUAAAUAUCGAAUGUUCUGUUAUCGGUCUUGAUGGAAAAUGCUUCAGGUUUAGUUUGUGUAAAUUCGCUUUGGGGCGUGAGCUCUUUGAUUUGGUUUGUCAGUGUCUAGAGUUAGAAGAGUCACAGUACUUUGGUUUGGCGUACUAUUUAAACCAUUCAGCUACAAGAAACUCUAUGGUGGGAACUCAUCAAGAUGAACAAGAUAGUUCUGACGCAUCGUUUCAUCUGUCUUCCUCUUCGAUUGAUAAAUCUUACUUGACUAAAUUUUGUGGUUUCCCCAUGACCAACUCGUUCAAUCCUUGUAAAAUGUACUCGAAUGAUACAACAUAUCCUGGCUUUAAUCCCUUUUUCAUUGACGUUCCUUUUUGGUUAGAUGUGGAAAAAAGAAUAACGGAUCAAUGUCAUGGUUCUAGAUUGAUAUUUUACUUCCAAGUAAAGUUUUAUCCACAACACCCUGAUCUUGUUUUUGACUGUCCUAAGUCCAGAUAUCAAUUUUGUCUUCAGUUAAGGCAUCAUUUAAGUAUUGGACGACUCUUAUGCUCAUUUGAAACUCACGUAAUAUUGGGAGCACUGAUAGCUCAAAUGGAUCUAGGAAAUGCUGUGAAACAUCGACGAUCUCGAAGUAGUCAUUCAAGUUAUCAGUUCAAUCCAUAUGUCGAAUCGACAUCGCCUGAUUUUUCACGUCGACAGUCAACUUCUCCAGCUCGAAGUUUUUUAUCCGAACGUAGAUGUAGUUUAGCUCAACCUGAACAUAGUGAUGAUAGUAUUAUAUGGGAUGCACGUGUUGAUAAUAAGUCCAAAAAAGAUAAGCCGUGUUCAUCUUCUGUUGGGAAUAAAGCCAACACAUGCAAUCAUAUUGGUUGUAGUUGUUCUACACAACAGAUAGAUAAUAUCAGUAUAAUGUAUUUACAAUGUUUACCACACUUAGCUAGAGGAUCCGUUACUUCAUCAUCCAUUCAACAUAGUACAAACAAUAUAUCAAACGGUAGUAGACCAAGUCUAUUGUCAUCUACGUUAAACAAUAUUGAAAAUGUAUUGUUAUCACCAGUAAAGCAAACUUUUAGUCCUGGAUGGCCUUAUCCAAAGUCUGAUUGUCGUUAUUGUCCUGUGCUUCUAUCACGUAUUGCUCGAUUACACCGGCAUCUUAGGGGUAUGUCUCAAAAAGAUGCAGAAAUAUCAUUUUUAAAGAACGUAAAGAAAUUGUCAUUUUAUGGUGUAGAAUUACAUCCAAUAAAGAAGUUUCACGCUAGUUAUGUUUCAUCUGGAUCUUUUAAAAAUAUAACAAAGAAAUUGGCCAAUUCAUUUUCUACUCGUUCUCAAACUAGUUCAGUCGAAUCUUAUCAUAAUUUUAUUGAUACUUCAAGUACUGGUUCUAAUCAAUUACUUAACUUGAACAGUACACACAAUUCAUUAUCUAUAUCUGGUUUGAAAUCAUCCCUACGGCGAAUGUUCAGCGUUAAAUCUCAAGAUCAACCAUUAUUUCCUUUUGCAUUUAAUGAUUUUCCGAAUUUUGAUUUUUCUUUGGGAGUAUAUUUUGCUGGUUUAUUUCUUCAAUGGGGUCAUAUACGUUUAUCACAUUAUACAUGGUCUCGGAUUGUGAAAAUAUGCUUCUAUUUAGAUGAAUUUUGUUUAGUUGUGAAAAGUAAUCAGAUUAAAUCUUCAUCAAGUCCUCGUAUUUUACUGAAGUGUAAAUUUGCCUUCCAAAAACUAGCUAGACGUUUCUAUAGAGCAUGUGUUGAACAUCAUAUGUUUUUUAAGAUCCACUGCAAACGCUUAUUAAAUUCAAACAUUAUUAAACGAGAAUCUUAUAAACCUGAACCUAUUAUUUUACCUGUAAAUCAUACAUUACAUGUAAAUAGUGAAUUAUUGAAUCCUUCAGUGUCUAUAAAUGACCCUUGCAGUAUUAAAUUAUUGUCUAUGACUAAUUUACAAUCACCGAAACUACCAGUCACACCUACACGAUCAGAAUUUGAACUAGAUCAUUUACAUUCGUCAAACACACAAUUAAAUAAUUGUGAAAUUCCUGAAUAUUCUACAGAACGUGUACAUACUCCUCAGACAGAUUCGAAAUUUCGAACGGAUAUGGAUUCGCCUAAGAAGACCUACUCGAAUGACCAUUUACUUCUACCAUGUACUUCUAAUGAACUGUCGACACGAAGUGCUUCAUUUACUCAUUUAGAUAAUUAUUCAGUUGCUCAUAUUCCCAGUCCAAUUGAAUGUUCUAGUCGUUUAGAUAUUUUAAAUUCUUCUGUAAAUGAUGAUAAUAUUGAUGAUAGAUGUAGAUCUGCAAAUAUUCCAUCAUAUGAUUGUUUACAAAUUUCAGACGAUCAAAAUUCAAAUCCUUUCGAUUGUUUGUGUCGUAUUACAUCAACUCAAACUGAUAUACAUUCAUCAUUUAAUAUAAAUGAUAACCCCAUUAUUGAUUCAGUGCCCACAUAUUCCGAAAAUCCAAGCUUUAAACCAUCUGUUGAUGAUACCUGUCAAUCUCUUCUUGCUUGUGAAAUUCCUAAUCUAUUACCCACUUUUAUUCCUAUAAAUUGUGCCUUGACAAAUCCAAUGGAAGAAUAUUUACCCACUGAUAUACUUCAUUGUUUAUCACCUUCGCAGCAUAUUUCGAGUGAUUUUUCACAGAUUGAACUGAUGAGACCUACUGAUUCAUUAUGGUGUUGUAAUCUGCUUUCAUCUGUUGACUUGAAUUCAUUAAAAAAAAUUAUUGCACCAUCAUACUCAUCGGUUAUUUCUUCUAAUGGUGAAAUUAUUCGCUUGGAUCCUUCUACAAAUAAUAAUAUUUCUAAGUCUUCAAUGUCUUCUCUUGUUCCAUGCGACUUUUUCCGCUGGAACUCAAUUGAAAAACCGGCUGUAUAUCAGUCAAUACCAAUAGUUCAAACACGUACUAUCCGAUUUAUUCUUGAUCCAUCAAUAAAGAUUAAUGAGUAUAACACUUUUAAUCAUACAAAAAUUCAUAUUGUACAUGGUACUAAUAUACCAUUAGUUCCAACUAGAUCAUUUUACCAUCAUUAG